UUAUUGUUUAUAUCGGUAAAUUUACUUCGUUGCACAGCAACAGAGGAAGUAAAUAAUCCAAUAUGGAUGAAAUUUUGACCUAAUUUUUUAUUAUUUUAUCUUUCCUUUUAAAUUUUAAUACUUAAAAAAAGAAAAUGUCCGAUUCAGAAGAUGAGGCACCAGAUAAACAGCUCAAAAUUGUCAUCAUGGGUGACGGAGCAUCAGGAAAGACAUCAAUAGCCACAAGAUAUUCACAAGAGCAGUUUGGAAAGCAAUAUAAACAGACUGUUGGUCUUGACUUUUUCUUGAAGAGGAUUGUUUUACCAGGUAAUGUGAAUGUAGCACUGCAGGUAUGGGACAUUGGUGGGCAAACUCUAGGAGGUUCUAUGUUAGAGAACUAUGUUUAUGGUGUUCAUGGUGCUCUAUUAGUGUAUGAUAUUACCAAUCACAAUAGCUUUGAUAAUUUAGAAGACUGGUAUGGUACUAUACGAAAAGUGAUUGGUAAAGAAAAACUGCCGCACAUGGCCCUAGUUGGUAAUAAAAUUGAUUUAGAACACAUGAGAACAGUGAAAAUAGACAAACAUCAAAAAUUUGCACAAGAACAUGGCAUGUCUAGUCAUUUUGUGUCAGCAAAGACUGGAGACUCUGUUUCGUUGUGUUUUCAAAAAAUUGCAGCAGAAAUUUUGAAUAUAAAGUUAACAAAGCCAGAUGUUGAGCAGCACCAUAGGGUGGUGAAAGCGGAAAUAGUGAAUUACAGUAAACAAGAGGAGAUUGCUGCGCGAUCUAUUCCUCAAACUUCUACGAAAAGCUCAUUCUGUGUGUUGCAAUAGUGAUAUUUUAUCAGUACUGACAUUAUAACUUGGGACGUGUUAACUACAACUAAAUGGCGUCAGUUACCCAGGCCAAGCACUCAUCGAUGUUUUGGUGGCUUGGCCUUAAGGGGUUCUAAUUUUUGGAAAGCUGUCUUUAGUUCUUUUCAAACUUUUCCCAAGCUGGGCAUGAUGCAGGUCUAACAUUAAUUCUUGAAGUUUACUGAGUGAAAGGACUUUCACAACUGAAAUUCUUCUUAACAAAUGACUCCACUUUUGAAUAGUUAAGAAAAAGGAUUAUAAUUGUACCAGAAGUCUUCUAGAAUAUGUGGACCUAUUAAGACUCUGCAUAAUACAAAACUCAUGUGAAAUCACAUAAAAUGUGAAGAUUAUUAAUGAUUACUUAACCUAACAAUUUUAAUCGUGGGGAGUUAAUACAGCCUAAUGUUUCCAUCAGUAUUACUGUCUAUUUUACUUUCUUUAUCUGAAUGUUUUGAGAAAUGAACAACAGAAUUAUUUACUGUUUAUGUAGUUUAACCAGCUUUUCAAGUACUGUGAAAUCAUUAAUAUUUGUGGGGGAUUUAUUUUAUGAAUUUCAGGGUCAGUUCACAAAAUUUAAUCCCAACAAAGCAAUAAAAUUCCAAUUCAUCUAUAUGUUCAAAGGUCAAAUGCACAAAGUUAUUUUUCCCAGGAAAUAGCAGAUUUAGUCAAGACCACAGAAUUUCCAGCUCACAAUAUUAAUGGAUUUCACAGUAUCUAAGACGCCUAUUUAUUACAUUCUUUUCUAUGAAUUAUCGAAAUUUUAGAGUGAAAUAUAUCUGGUAUUUUCACAGUGAAAAAUAUCAAAUAUAUUUAUCACUGAUAAGAAACUAAGAAAUGGGUAAAUGAAGUCAAAACAUGAAAUAAAAAGGAAAUUUGUUUGUUUUACUUGUAAGAUUAAAAUUAUGAACACCGUACAUUUUAUAAUUUACAUUUUCAAGUAUUGCUUAUGGUGUUAACUCGAUGAAAUUAUUUUGAUCUUACACUGAAAGAAACAGAUAUCCUCUAUGUAUCAAGGUAUGAGUAAAAUUAGAUAAAACUUUUUGGCAUAGACAUUGUACCCAAGUACGAAGGCGCUUACGUAAUUACUGGACACAAUUGCAAUACAAUGAAUGAUAGUAAAUAAUUAUUACAAGUAUAAGACCUAAUUGGAUGGUCUUGGUUCAAAGUUUUGUUGUUAAGUAUUGUUUGCAUGUUUUUGAUAAGUUGUGCUAAAUGUUGUUUGAAUGAAGACUAUAGCUUAUUUGCACAUGAUUAUUAUUUUCAAAUUAUUUUCACGUACCUGUGUACUGUAUCUUUGGUACUAUUCAUAUUCAUUUUAUUUUCUAAUUUCAAAAUUGGGAGCCUGUUUUGGCACUUUUAACCCUUGCCAUGCUGGACACGACUGAUUCUGCCUUUGCGACCAGUGUAGAUCAUGAUCAGCCUGCACAUUCUUGCAGUCUGAUCAAGAUCUGCACUGUUCGCCAUUCAGUCAGUAUCUUUUUGGUAAGCACCCCUUUAAACAGGUAAUGGUACUGUCCAAAUUGAAAGAAAAUUUAGCAAGAUAAGGGUUAAGAAUAUUUGAUUCAUAACAGUUACUGUGUACUGUAGAUUUGGUAAUUUUGGCAUAGGCUUUAUUUGAAGAUUUCAUGGUAAGCUGCCACAUUCAGUGUUAAGAACUAGUGAAAUGUGAGUGUUUAUGUUUUAGGACAUGAUGCAGGUUAAAAAUUUACAAAUAUUCUGAAUUCACUGGCAGCAUUAUCUACAAACAUUAGCGAAAUUAAAGGUCCAAUACUAAGGAAAGUGAACAUUUUAAUUUCUUUUAAAAAGCACAGAAACUAUUUCAUUUUAUUGGAAAAUGAAAGUUGGUAUGUAGAAAUUCGAAAUAAAUCGCAGUAUAUGUACAUUUAUUUUUCUAUGAAGUAUGAAGAAAGUUAAAAAGACCUGGGGGUUCAUUUUGUCGAUUCAUUGAAAUUUCAACAUAAUACACAUACAUUUCUUUGAGUUCCAAAGACCUUCUGUAAAUUUUGACCUGCCAAUCUUCAUUAUUUAGUGUCUUGCAGAAGUCUAUGCACUGGCUAUGAAAAAAAUUGCCAACUCACUUUCCCUUAGUAAUGGACCUUUAAAUUAUUGCAAAUAUUACCCAAGUUGUGGAAUAUUUUUGAACUUGAAACUGAUUAUUAUUUAGGCAUGUUUUAAAACUCAUGAGUCACACUGUUUUUUAACAUUAGCAAAAAUGAAAUAGUCGCAAAUAUUAUCCAAUCUACGGAACUUCAUAUAUUUUUACACAUAUCACAUAAGUUACAGGUGAUUUUAUGUUUAUGAUUUAGGCUGAUAGCAUUUAUUGUAGUUUAGUGUACACUUUUAUUAGCUGCAGUUCAGAAAUAAUUCACCUUAUUCAUUUACAUAUCAGAAUUUAAAUGUGCAUUAAAUUUAAACUCGAGUAUGAAUGGCCAGAUGUGAACGUUUGAUAUAUCCAGUUUGCAAGUUUUUUUUAUUGCUAGCCCAAAUUUAUCAUAUCUUACAUGAAUAUUGAAUAUUUAGAAGCAGAGUGAUUAUCUAUAAAAGUUUAAUGGAAAAUACCAUAUUGAAUAGCUUUGGAACCCAGUCUGACAAUUUUUAGCUUUCCUUCGCCUGGGGAAAUCCAUUUUCUGACCUUAGUGCCCCCUAUAUUAUACAAAAAAUAAAUGGACUUGUGCUUUAGAAGGAUAACUCUUGGAUUUAUUGAUCCAAUUGCUAAAUUCCGAUGGGAAAAGAAACCGAUCACAAUUAUGUACUUAUGACUGUCUCCAAACAUAGAGGAAUAUUUUCUUUCUACCUCCUGAAGCUUUUCAGGCAGCUUGUAGCUGCUCUAAAGUAUGUCAGUACAAAAUUAAUUUUAUUAAUGUCAAUGUACAUGGCAAAAUAAAACUUUUGUAUAUGAAGAUCUAAAUGAUCUAUGAAAGAUGGGAAAUUUCUAGUGUCAUUGCCUAAUUUUUGUUUUAAGCAUGCACCAGUAUGACCGUGUGUUAACUGUGCUGUUGAUAGAAAAAUCAAUAAUCAAUAGUCCAUGUCAACUCAGACAGAGAUUCCCAGGCUUUGAUGAUAUCAGAAAAUUAGCACCAAUGCACACCUAAUAAGAAUGAAAUUUUGGUAUGUUUUUUUUUGUGGACAUGCCAUCAAUGAUCAGAGUUCCCAGGCUAUAUAAUGAAGUCAGGGUAUCUGCUUUUUUGGGGUUCCGUUGCUAAGUGUUCUUAAUGUCACAGACUCACUUACCCUUCACUUUUGGGAGGUCAUUAAAAGCAGGAGAAAAACAUCAAAAUUCUUUUUGUACACCAUAAUUAUAUAAUUUGAGCUUCUAGUUUCAAAAAGAACCUUAGCCCUUACCAUUCUGGACACGAUUGAUUCUGCCUUUGUGACCAGUGUAGAUCAUGAUCAGUCUGCACAUCCAUGCAGUCUGAUCAUGAUCUGCACUUUUCGCUAUUCAGCCAGUAUCUUUUUGGUAAGCACCCCUUUUAACAGUUAAUGGUACUGUCCAGAUUGGAUGAUGGACAAGUUCAAUAUAGAAAUGUAGCAGGGUAAGGGUUAAAGAAGAUAUUCAAUGUAUAAUCUUAGUAUAGCAACUGGUGAGACACAAUUAUACUUUCAAUUUUACCAUUUGGCAUUGAGUUCAUAGCCAUGCUAUAUAUGUACAGCAGAAUAUUUUCAGUAACUUAAUAUUUUUAUGGGGAUGUUAGAAUUAAAGUAGUAAUACUUUCACCGUUCCGAUGAUUUUAUAUCUAACUAUUCAAGCCAGCAGCCUCAUGGUUAAUUUACCAGAACUCGAAACCAUUGUAUAUCGGACAAUAAAGCAUGUGAGGACUUGAUUAUUUGAUAAGCAAAAUGAUAGACUCAGAACCAUUGUAUAUCAGACAAUAAAGAAUAUGUGGGCUUGAUUAUUUGAUAAGCAAAAUGUCAUAGACUCAGAACCAUUGUAUAUCAGACAAUAAAGCAUGUGAGGACUUGAUUAUUUGAUAAGCAGAUUAUUAGCUUCUUCUCUAUUGACAGUUUUACACAAUUUUUAUUGUUGAAAAGAAAACUGAUGUAACUCACUCUUUAUUUAAUAGGAGUUACAACAGUUUUCCAUUCAACUCUCAUCAUGUACACUUUGCACUCACAAUCAAUAUGAUUUGGUGAUGUCACACAGAAUUGUCACUUUGUUUAUACUAGGUUCAUGGAUCACUGCACAAAUCACUAAUUCUUCCAGUAACUGGUUUUGAAUCUCAAUGUAGUUAGUUCUUAAUUUCAUUCAUUGAAAAAGUAUCAUUUGCUGUAAUUAUUGCUUAUAUUCCUGGCAUGUAUUUCUCAUGUAUUUGUGAAAAUAACUUUUUGAAGGGCACUCCAUUUAAAAUCAUUUUCGUUUUGCUGUAAGAUAGGGUUAUAUUUGUAAACAGCUGAAAAUUGUAUAAUUGAGUUUUCUUCACAAUAUAUGAUUAAGAAAGUGCAUUUACUGAUUUGAUAGUGUCAUUUUAAAGGUAAAUGUUUACGUCAUUUACUUGUUAGUUGAUAUUGCAAUAUAAGAAAUAGUUGAGAGGAUUCAUAUUUUGUAAAAAUAAUCUUUGGAUCGUCAUUUAGUCAUACUGAAAGAAGGGCCUUCAAGGUCAAGCGGAGAUGGACAUUGAUUGUGAGUUAAAAACCCUGCAAAGGGUGUAGAGGAAACAGGCUUAUUGAAGGUCAGUGAUUCUACUCGGGUGCCUAGCUAUACCUGAAAUAUAUCCAGAGGGGCAUCUGCAGUAUUCCUUUGAAAGCUGAAAAGUCAUGUACAUCACCAUGUGGCCAGAAUUUUGUUAGUGUGACUAAGAACACAACAAAUAAACAUACUAGUUAUUAGAUCUAAUAUAGAAUGAGUUUUGUUUGAAUUACUGUAUUAAUUCGUCCAGUUCUAAAUGUUAUAACAAGAUUGCCUUUUUAAUGGCCUUCAGAGUCUUUCUGUAUGAAAGAUGGAGUUUUAAGUAGACUUAGUUGUUUUUUUUAAUAACUUCGUGCCAAGUGGCCCUAAAAAUAUUGACAAGAUAAGAGACACUUGAAGUCUAGAUUUUAUAGAAAAAAUAAUUCUCAAGCAGUUGCUUACUGGCUAUGUUCCACAAAGUGCUUUAAACUUGCAUUUUUUGUUGCAACUAUAACUUGUAUAGGAAAUACUUUUUGUGUGAUUUCUGUAUAUACUCAUAAUAUUAUGUUUUUCUACUUUCACUUUUAUCCCAUAUCAUGCUGGAAACAAUUGAUUAUGCCUUUGCAACCAGUGUAGGUCAUGAUCAGCCUGCUCAUCUAUGCAGUCUGAUCACGAUCUGCACUGUUCGCCAUUUAGUUAGUAUCUUUUUGAUAAGCACCCCUUUUAACAGUUAAUGGUACUUCCAAAAUGAAAAAUGGACAAGUUCAUUAUAGAAAUUUAGCAGGGUAAGGGUUAAAUGAAAAGAACAAGGAGUAAAUGUUUUUCACACUGAAUGACAUCACAAUUUUGAGGUUGAAUCUUAAGGACAUAUAUAUUUACGUCCUUGUCUAUCCUGACCAAAAGAGCUGACCCACCAUAUUUUAUUUUAACCCUUACCAUGCUGGAAACGAUUAGUUCUGCCUUUGCGACCAGUGCAGUCUGAUCAUGAUCUGCACUGUUCGCUAUUCAGUCAGUAUCUUUUUGGUAAGCACCCCUUUUAACAGUUAAUGGUACUGUCCAAAUUGGAAGAUGGACAAGUUCAUUAUGGAAAUGUAGCAGGGUAAGGGUUAACCUGUUAUAGUAAUUACAACCAGUAAAUGUAAACUGUU